AUGCUUGGCCUACCACCACUUCCCGAAAACCUGGAAGGAGGCAACGGUGGUUGUGCUGAGAAAGCCAGGCAAAGACAAGUAUACCGUACCCAAGUCUUACAGGCCGAUUGGGCUCCUGCCUGUCUUGGGAAAAGUAUUGAAAAGAUGCUGGUUGCUCGUCUCAAGUUCCACCUAUUGCCGAGGAUUAGUACUCGCCAAUACGGAUUCAUGCCCCAAAGAAGCACUGAGGACUCCCUCUUCACCUUAGUGAAGAAUAUCCGCGCCAAGCUGGAGAGUAAGAAAAUUAUCGUUCUUGUGUCGUUGGAUAUAGAGGGAGCCUUCGACAGCGCAUGGUGGCCGGCGAUCAAAGUCCGUUUGGCAGAGGAAAAGUGUCCGAUCAACUUGAGGCGAGUAAUAGAUAGCUACCUGAGUGACAGGGAGGUAAUAGUCAGGUAUGCGGGAGCGGAGAAUAGACGCAAAACCUCGAAAGGGUGCGUCCAAGGCUCAAUUGGUGGUCCCAUCCUGUGGAACCUUCUGCUGGACCCGCUCUUGAAGCAGCUGGAGGCUAGAGGCGAUUACUGCCAAGCCUUCGCGGACGAUGUGGUGAUGCUAUUCGACGGUGGCACAGCCUUGGAGAUAGAGCAACAGGCCAAUGCCGCUCUCGAGCAUGUGCGUGCGUGGGGUGUCAAAAAUAAGCUCAAAUUUGCGCCACACAAAACCAGUGCCAUGGUGAUUACACGCAAGCUAAAGUAUGACACUCCUCGCCUGACCAUGGGCGGGAUCGACAUUGGCAUGUCGAAGGAAGUGAAGAUACUGGGACUGACGAUAGACGCAGGCCUCACCUUCAACUCUCACGUUGCCGGCGCAUGUAAAAAAGCAAUUGCUAUUUACAAGCACCUUGCCAGAUCUGCACGUGUGAGUUGGGGACUGCACCCAGAGGUCGUGCGUUCGAUCUACACCGCCGCCGUCGAACCUAUAGUGCUGUACGCCGCGAGUGUAUGGGCGCCAGCCGUGAACAAACUGGGGAUAAGAAAACAGCUGAACGUGGUACAAAGAGGCUUCGCUCAGAAGCUCUGCAGAGCCCAUCGCACGGUCUCCCUGCACUCGGCCCUCUUGCUGGCGGGGAUACUCCCCUCGAUCUUCGAGUGCGUGAAGCUGCUUCACUCCGAACAGACAACUGUAGAGUUCAGUAGCCUGGUAGACGAGGAACAAUAUAAUAACCACGCCUUUAAUUACGACGUGAGAAUCUUCACGGACGGCAGCAAGAUCGAGGGCAAAGUCGGCGCGGCGCUAUCUUUGUGGGAUAGUGCCACCGAAAUUAAGUCGAAAAAACUUGUACUGCCGUCCUACUGCACCGUGUACCAGGCGGAACUGUUGGCACUACAGAGAGCAGCCGGGGAGGCGCUCAACAGCGAAAAAACCACGUUCGGCAUAUUCAGUGACUCGAUGGCGGCGCUGCAAACUGUCGCCAACCCCACCUCCCCCCAUCCUCUGGCAGUGGAAACAAGAAAUGCUCUCCGCCACUGCGCCUCCCAGAAUAAGAGAGUUUCCUUGUUCUGGAUAAAAGCCCACGCAGGUUUGGAGGGAAAUGAAAGGGCCGAUUACCUGGCGAAGGAAGCAGCGCUGCGAUCGAAGAGGAGGCCGGAUUAUGACCGAUGCCCCGUCUCAUUCGUCAGAGGGAGAAUCCGUAUGGACACGAUCAGCGAGUGGGACGCGAGGUAUAAAUCCGGUGACACCGCCUCAAUCACCAAGAUAUUCUUCCCCAGUGCAGCCGCGGCGUAUAGCACUGUAAGGAAAAUUGAAACCAGCAGCAUCACCACCCAGCUGUUCACCGGGCACGGUGGAUUCUCCGAAUACUUGUAUCGUUUCAAGCUUCGGGGGAAUCCAUCGUGUCUCUGCGACUCCGCCGUGGAGGAGACUGUCCCGCACGUGAUAUUCGCGUGUCCGGUGUACGCGCGUGCCAGACAUGAGGUCGAACAGCGCCUGGAAGGAGAAAAGUUUAGUCCACAAGACAUUCACGAGCAUAUGAAGAAGGCCAAGACGAGAAAUGUAGUACUUGACUUCUGUAAACAUGUCAUCAGUCAAGUAAUUGCAAAAAACAAAACAUAG